AUAUCUCAGACGUUAUACAAUUACAGAGUUCAACUAGAUAUCAAAUGGACGAUAGAUGGUAUUGAAUUGUACAAUAAUAGUAUUGUGUCCAUAAUUUAUGCGCAAAGGCGUUUAGAAAUUAAAUCUGCACAUCUUUUAACAAAUAGUGAUGAAGCAGUGAUAAAAUGUCAGAUAAUUUUUGAUCCAUAUGGUGACAAGUAUUCCACUACUAUAGCUAAUUUGACCAUUAUAAAACGUCCUGAAAUAAACCGAAAACUUUUGCCAAAUAAAAUAUCAAAAGAAGUCGGUGAAUCACUAUCAUUGAAUUGUCAAGCGUCUGGUGUACCAAAACCUUUCUUACAGUGGUAUUUUAAUGGCGAUCGACUUGGUAUUAAUGGCUCACAUCUGCACAUUGAAAACUUGGAUAGCAUUAACUUUGGCUUAUAUCAGUGCGAGGCUAGUAAUGCUGCAGGUGUGGAUCUAACGAUUACUUGGCUCAGAAAAGGUUCGGUAUUUAUGCAAAUUCUGUUCGUGUUUCCUUUUUAUUUUAACGUAUUAUCAAAAGGAUUUAUUUUAUUUCAGUUAAUGAAUCUACAUCAGAUUCAUCGCGAUUUGAUCGAGUAUGGACCUUCUAAUCAAAGUAUUUUAAUUGGAAGCAAUAUAAUAAUGCCUUGUAAACUUUCUGAUUAUUUUGAAAACUUGAUAAUCCCAAAAAUUGGUGAUCCAGUUCACAGAUUUGUAGUGACUGAUGAUAAUAAUUUAUCAAUCCGACAAGUUGGCCCUGAUAAUAUUGGCCUAUACACUUGUACAGCUAGUAAUGGCAUCAAUGAACAGUCUGUAUCUGGCUGGCUGAAUAUUAUUGAAAAACCUUCUAUGCCUCAAAUGGUAGUAGCGGAAUUAAUGAAUGAAACAGUACCACCGCGCAUUCGAGUUUUAUGGAAAAUUGGAUUCGAUGGAAAUUCACCGAUUAUUAAACAUUAUAUUGAAAUGCGAAGUUUAGGCCCGUUGGAUCUGUGGUCAGAUUGGGAGGUUGUGAUCGAUAACAUUCCAUCUGAAUUGUGUUGCGAAGCCUCUAUUGAUAAUUUGAAACCGUCAUCUAUAUAUGAAUUCCGAGUGGUAGCUGUGAAUCGUCAUGGACCUGGUAAACCUUCUCUUCCAUCUAAUAAUAUUACAAUGCCUCAGCAACCACCAGCUGCUGCACCUCGAAAUGUCGCUGCAAGUGCAAGAAGUUGGUCUUCGAUCAUGGUGCAGUGGCAGCCACCUCCAUCGGAACAAUGGAAUGGUGAUAUUCUUGGAUAUAUAGUGCGUUAUCGUUUGGCAAACUAUGCUAGUUUACCGUGGAUUGAAAAGAAUAUAAGUAAUGAUCAUGCAAGAAAUGUGCCUCUGGAGCAUUUAAUAACGUGGCGAGAAUAUGAAAUCCAAGUCGCAGCUUAUAACGAUCGAGGAAUGGGUGUUUUUAGCAAACCUAUCUAUGUAACUACUCUUGAAGGAGUACCAACUCAACCUCCUCGUGAUGUGAAAGUGCGCGUUAUAAAUUCCACUGCUAUAUCAGUUUCAUUCAGUCCUCCCGAACAGCAAGUGAUUCCUGGCGUGAAUCAAGGUUACAAAAUCGAAAUAUGGAAAGGUGCAGUUUCUUCAACAUCACUUUUCCGUCAAAUAAGAGUACUUCCAUAUGAGAAUCCUAGUGAAGUUAUUGGAGACCUCGAAAAAUUUGGUCAUUAUAAUGUGACAGUCUUAUGUUUUACUUCUCCAGGUGAUGGUCCACGCAGCAAACCUGUCGAAGUUAUCACAUUUGAAGAUGUACCAGGAGCCGUGAGAAAUAUACGUUUCGAUGAAAUUUUAUUCAAUAUGGCAACCAUAAUAUGGGAUCCACCACUGGAACCUAAUGGAGUUAUUACUAAAUAUACGAUUCGUUAUCGGGAACUUUCAUCGGAUGAGAAACAUUUGCUUAUUGCGAAGCCUUCUGCUCGAAAUAUCACUAUCGAAGGCCUCAAUGCUUCAACUACUUAUAUUAUUAAUAUACAGGCUUCAACAAAAAUUGGUGCAGGUCCAAGUCUAAAAGCGAAAUUUCAAUCUGGAAUACCUCCAAUACUCCCCGGACGCCCUUCUUCGUUGGUAGUAAAUGGAAUUAAGGCUCGUAAUGUUACGUUGGAAUUUGUGCCUGGAUUCGAUGGUCAUGCCCUGAUUAAUAAAUGGAUAGUAGAAGCUAAAGUUGGAUCAUCUUCGAUUUAUAUACCUAUUUUUAAUAUCAGCUCUCCUAAAAGUCACUCGAUUAUCGUGCAAGGAUUGCGGCCAUAUACAAAAUAUCGAUUGCGAUUAAUAGCCGAAAAUUUGAGAGGGCAAAGCCUGCCCUCGGAACCUUCGCAAGAAUUCCAAACAGCAGAAGCAGAACCAGAGGCGAUAUGGGACCACAUUGUCGUCGAACCUCUUUCUGCAACAUCUAUUGCUAUAACAUGGCUACCUUUUACUUCUGUACAAUGGAAUGGAAUACCACGAGGUUAUAUUAUAAUAUAUCAGCCUAUCGAUGUCGGCAUAACUGAACUAUCUUCUAAAUGGGUUAAUUUUUCAUUAAAUCUAUUGCCAUAUAAAAUAUACGCCUUUAAAAUGGUCGCGGAGAACUCAUUUGGUCGAAGCGUAGCAUCUGAAAUAGUUAAUGCAACAACUUAUGAAGCUGUUCCUUCUGGUAUUCCCAAUAAUAUUGAAGUAGCUGUAAACGGUGCAGGAAGCAUUACAGUAUCAUGGCAAUCUUUAUCACCUCAUCAAAGUAAUGGAGUAAUAUGGGGAUACAGGGUUCGAGUGAUUCCUGAAAAUAGAUUUCUUCAUUCUGAAUUUACGCAAGAGAAAGUGGUGGAAGAUCCUUCUUCUUUGCAUGUCUCUUUUUCGAAUUUGCGUCCAUUUACUUUUUAUCAUGCUUUUGUCGCUGCAUUUAAUAUAAUUGGUUAUGGCCCUGAAAAUUUUCCUGCAUGUCGUUUUCAAACUUUGGAAGAUGUUCCCGGUGAACCAUCCAAUGUUUCGUUUUCAUAUAUCAGCGAAAAUGAAGUUCGCCUGAAAUGGGAUCCUCCAUACGAACCAAAUGGAGCGAUUAUCCAUUAUUCUGUUGCUUACUGGAAGUUCAGCAAAAGGAAUGAUACAACGAAAAUUCAAUUGCCACAUAAUAUUUAUGGUUUCUCAGCUACUGGACUUUCAACAAACACUAAAUACCUGUUCAAUAUAGCUGCAGAGACAAAUGUGGGCUGGGGACCACCGAAUGUAGUUGCUGUUGUGACUACUUAUGAAAGAAACAAGGCGCAACCUCCAUCAUCUAAUAAAAUUGCGGUUAAGUGGAUAAAUCCGUCAUUAAACUCUGAUAUCUCGCCGCUGCGCUUUAUAAGAUUUGAAUACCAAGAAAAAAAUAAAAAUUGGAUCCAGUUUUCUAGACUGAUUUCAGGAGCAGCAAAUAGAACAAUAAUUAAAGGAUUGAAACCGAAUACAUUUUAUCGUAUUCAUAUGCGCUUCCAUAGUGAUUUUGGCGAAAGUGAUUGGUCUACUGAAAGUAAAUGGAUAAAAACUGCUGAAGAUAGUCCUUCUUCACCACCGGUUUCGCUAAAGGCAAUACCUUAUGAGUCGUCUUCUAUUUUGCUUUCAUGGAACUCUCCUCCAGCAAGUGAUUGGAAUGCCGAUUCAAUAAGUUACCGUAUAAUUUAUCGUCAAUACCCAUCAAACGACGAAUUUCAACAGGAGGAAGUGGUAAUUUCUGAACAAGGCAAUUUGGAAUUGCAAUAUAUUAUCAAAAAUCUGCCGAGUUUUCGUCAUUAUAUAAUAAAAAUGCAGUCGACUAAUACUAAAGGUAGCAGUCCGUUAUCUACACCUAUCUUUGCAUAUGUUGGCUUUUCUAUUCCGAAACAAAGAAUUACAAAUAUCGUAGCAAAAGCGAUUUCGUCUACAUCAAUCAGUAUUCAUUGGGAUAAAUGGGUGAAUGAUCCAUAUGAUAUAAUUUUUGGCUUUAAAAUACGAUAUAUACCACUAUCUAUUGUAUCAGAUGAAGAAAAUUUUGAAGAGAUGUUAGCCACAGUAAAUAAUUCCAUAGUCAUUACCGAUCUUCGCAAAUAUACCGAAUACCAGGUUUCCUUGUCAGCAUUCAAUCGUGCUGGUGAGGGACAGUUGUCAAGUACCCGGGUUCAGACUUUUGAAGAUCUUCCUGGACCUGUUUCAAAUCUAACUUUUACUGAUAUAUUGCUUGAUUCAAUUAAUGUUAGUUGGUUACCGCCAAAACAACCAAAUGGCAAACUGCUAGGCUAUAUAAUUAAUUAUAGAACAUAUAAACAAAAGGAAGAAUUAAGGAAGGAAGUGCGAGAAAAAACACGAUAUAAUUCUUUCUUAGCUACAAAUUUGGAAGAAAAUGUUGUAUAUUUUUUCUCAGUCAAAGCAGAAACGUCUGUUGGUAGCGGAGAAGAGGUCAUUGCAAAUGUAACUACUGGUUCUCCCGAUUCUCCAUCGAAACCGAACAUCAUUCCUAGGCAAAUAUCUGUUCGACUUGAAUGGGAGAGUGGUCAACCAGGAUUUGUAAGAUUUUCAUUGUUCACUGAAGACAUUGAUGGAUCCAUAUCUGCGGGAAAUGUGGAACAUUCUGGGAAAGAAAUGGUUGACAAUAGUCAUCCUUAUCAUGUAAUUGGGGAAUGGAUUACAAUUACGAAUUCCCAUAAUGUAGAUCGUCUUUAUGAAGUUAAAUACCGGGAUUUACAACCUGCAUCCUUUUAUGUUUUCCGAGUUUUUGCCCGGAAUUUAAUCGGUGUUGGUUAUCCAAGUCCAGAAUCUGACCAGUUAUAUGUGCCAGCAUUGUUACCUGAAGAACCAUUUUUCAUAAAGUGGUGGUUCAUUAUUAUCGUGACUGUGAUUAUAUUGAUUGUUAUCGCCAUUGUUAUUGUGCUAUUAUAUGUUACUGGCAGCCGAUUCAAAUAUGAAAAAAGAAACUCUGUAGAUUCUUCUCAAUUUGCUGAUGGUGGUAUUGUCAGUUACGAAUUAAGGCCUCCAAAACGAAAGAAUCGAAAAGAUCAACCGCUGCGGCCAAAUACGAAUACCUCUUGGGUGUCAGAUUGUCGUGAUCUUCCAGUUUAUGGUGGCAUAAAUGGCGCGGAUACUAUUGGCAUGUAUGGUUCUUUGACUACACUUGGUAUAUCUAACAACAAUUCGAAUUGGCCUUAUUUAUCUGAUUCUCCGCGACAUAAAAUGUCAAUUGGAAAUUUUACAAAUCAGAAUCGUUUAUCUGACAAUUUUUCAGUAAAUGAUUCAAAUGGCGAUAAAAGCGUAAAUGAAAAUGAAGAAGAAGAACCGGAUAUUGGUGGGUAUUUUUUUUUAAUUUUAGUUAGUUUUUAA